AAUCAAAACAGUCACAAAAAAGCGUCAGCAUGAACAAGCCAUUUUUUCGUGAGUGUUUAACUGAACAUGAUCAAAAGGUAUUGGAGUCCCUAUUUGUUCCAUUUGAAGGCGUGCCUCCAAGUACAUUUGACAUAGAUAUUGAAUCUGAAAUAAAAGAUGCUCCAGAAGUUGAAAGUCAUUCUGUAGUAGAAUCCAAAAAACUUGAAUUGGAAGGCAUUCAACUGGCCGAACAAGGAUUACUAGACGAAGCAGUUGUUAAGUUUGAGGAAGCAAUCAAAAUAUCACCAAGCAGGUGCUCUGUUUACAAUAACAAAGCUCAGGUGUUACGUUUAAAAGGCGAUGAUGAUGGAGCGUUGAAAGACUUGGAAAAGGCGUUGGAAUUAUCUUCACAACAAGCUCGUACCAGGUGCCAAGCCCUUUGUCAGCGGGGUUUACUGUAUAGGAAAAUGGAAAAUCUAAGUGCUGCUAAACAAGAUUUUGAAGAAGCAUCCAAGCUUGGCAGUAAAUUUGCAAGAAAUCAGUUGGUGGAAAUAAAUCCAUACUCUGCUUUAUGCAAUCAAAUGCUGCAAGCUGCCUUUCAGAAAUUGCAAUAAACAAUUUUUUAUUUGAAUAAAUAUGUACAUACAUAUAUAUCGAUUUUAAUCUUGUUAAACUUAGUCAUAAUUUGGUAGAUUAAGAUUACUACUCUGUCAAUACGUAUAUUUUUUACUUCCCAUAGGAAGUUAUUGUAAUUGGUCCGAUUUGUCAAAUUGAAAAUGUUUACUUUUCUCAACGUUUCAAGGUCCCUAGAGUCAAAAUAAAAGAUUUUUAGAAAGAUGUGUGUGCGUGCGUGUGUACGUACGUUCGUACGUCCAUACGGUCGCGACGUUUUUUCGUCGUCCAUAGAGAUAUCGAUUUCAAAUAAAUUUUGUUAUACAGACAGUUA